GUGGCUCCCUCCUGCAGCCUCAGGGACACCGGAGAUGGCCCAGUGCCGCAGGUAACAGGGUCGGAGGCGGCUACGCGGGGACCGUGUGGGGACGUUCCCGAGAUCCCCAGCCCGCGCCCCGCACGGUCAGUGUGACCAGCUGGGGGCGCCCCGGCUCUCGCGCUCGCGGGCGGGAACUCCAGAGCGCCCGGGCCCUCGGCGGUGGCGGCAGGGAAGAAGAUGUCUCUACCUGGAAGCUCCCAGGAGACAGCUGUGGAGCCCACGAGAGCCACAGGGCCUUGACCUCAUCUCUUCCCACCAUCCAAGAGGGCAAAGUCAGGGGCUUUAAACGGGAGAGGAGAGACGACUCAGCACUCCUCGUGAUAAGGCCCUGUGGAUGUGUGGCUAGCUUGCUCUGUCCUGUGCGUCAAGGAAUGCAGGUGCAAAGAGCUGAGGACCUGGAAGUUUCUGUCAGCUCCUCCUAGACACCCUGAAGACACCAGUGAACAGAACCCAGUGGCUGGAGCAGGUGUCACAUGCUCAUGGAGCCACGGGCUCUAGGUGCCUCUGUCCAGUCCUGCCUGAUACCCUCAGAAAGGGAAGAAGCCUAGACCACACACUAAAGCGUCAGCUGACAGAUGUAUCUCAGACCGUGGGGCUCCUGAGCAGGCUGCUGGACCAGGCCACUGGGGAAGAGGAUGCCAGCCAAGGGGCGCUACUUCCUAAAUGAGGGUGAUGAAGGCCCCGACCAGGCAGCGCUCUAUGAGAAGUACCGGCUCACCAGCUUGCACGGGCCACUGCUGCUCUUGCUCCUCCUGGUGGCCGCGGCCACCUGCAUUGCGCUCAUCAGCAUCGCCUUCAGUCAUGAGGAUCUCCGCAGACACCAGGUUGUCCUGGGCACUGCGUUCCUCAUGCUGACGCUGUUUGUGGCUCUCUAUGUGCUGGUGUAUGUCGAGUGCCUGGUGCAGCGGUGGCUGCGGGCCUUGGCGCUACUCACCUGGGCUUGCCUCAUGGUACUAGGCUCCGUGCUGAUGUGGGACUCUUUGGAGAAUGAAGCCCAUGCGUGGGAGCAGGUGCCUUUCUUCCUGUUUGUCGUCUUUGUGGUGUAUGCACUACUGCCUCUCAGCAGGAGGGCAGCCAUCGUGGCAGGCGUGACCUCCACGGUCUCCCAUCUCCUGGUGUUUGGAGCUGUGACAAGAGCCUUCCAGACGUCCAUGUCUAGCACUCAACUGGGGCUGCAGCUCCUGGCCAAUGCCGUUAUCCUCCUGGGUGGGAACUUCACGGGUGCCUUCCACAAGCACCAGCUGCAGGACGCGUCCAGGGAUCUCUUUAUCUACACCGUCAAAUGCAUCCAGAUCCGUCGGAAGCUUCGUGUGGAGAAGCGCCAGCAGGAGAACCUGCUUCUGUCAGUGCUCCCAGCACACAUCUCCAUGGGUAUGAAGCUGGCCAUCAUUGAGCGCCUCAAAGAGGGUGGUGACCGACACUACAUGCCCGACAACAACUUUCACAGCCUCUAUGUCAAGCGGCACCAGAAUGUCAGCAUCUUGUAUGCAGACAUCGUGGGCUUCACGAGGCUGGCCAGCGACUGCUCUCCCAAGGAGCUGGUGGUGGUGCUCAACGAGCUGUUUGGGAAGUUUGACCAGAUUGCUAAGGCCAAUGAGUGCAUGCGGAUCAAGAUCCUGGGUGACUGUUACUACUGCGUGUCAGGCCUGCCCGUGUCGCUGCCCACACAUGCCCGCAACUGUGUGAAGAUGGGUCUGGACAUCUGCGAGGCCAUUAAGCAGGUGCGUGAGGCCACGGGCGUGGACAUCAGCAUGCGUGUGGGCAUUCACUCCGGGAAUGUGCUAUGUGGGGUCAUCGGGCUCCGUAAGUGGCAGUAUGAUGUGUGGUCCCAUGAUGUGUCCCUGGCCAACAGGAUGGAGGCAGCUGGAGUCCCUGGCCGGGUGCACAUCACAGAGGCAACAUUGAAUCACCUGGACAAGGCAUAUGAGGUGGAGGAUGGGCAUGGGGAGCAGCGAGACCCCUAUCUGAAAGAGAUGAACAUCCGAACCUACCUGGUGAUCGAUCCCCGGAGCCAGCAGCCACCCCCACCCAGCCACCACCUCUCCAAGCCCAAGGGGGACGCAACUCUGAAGAUGCGGGCUUCAGUGCGUGUAACCCGCUAUCUGGAGUCUUGGGGGGCAGCAAGGCCCUUUGCACACCUCAACCACCGGGAGAGUGUGAGCAGCAGUGAGACCCCCAUCUCCAAUGGACGGAGGCAGAAGGCCAUUCCUCUGCGUCGACACCGUGCCCCUGAUAGGAGUGCAUCUCCCAAGGGGCGCUUGGAAGAUGACUGUGAUGACGAGAUGCUGUCAGCCAUUGAGGGUCUCAGCUCCACCAGGCCCUGCUGCUCCAAGUCUGAUGACUUCCACACCUUUGGUCCCAUCUUCUUGGAGAAGGGCUUUGAGCGUGAGUACCGCCUGGUGCCCAUCCCCCGGGCUCGCUACGACUUCGCCUGUGCCAGCCUUGUCUUCGUCUGCAUCCUGCUUGUCCACCUUCUAGUGAUGCCCAGGAUGGCAACUCUGGGUGUGUCCUUUGGGUUGGUGGCCUGCCUGCUGGGGCUGGUUCUGAGUUUCUGCUUUGCUACUGAGUUCUCGAGGUGCUUUCCAUCCCGAAGUACACUCCAGGCCAUCUCGGAGAGCGUGGAGACGCAGCCCCUGGUCAGGCUUGUCCUGGUUGUGCUGACUGUUGGCAGCCUACUGACUGUCGCCAUCAUUAACAUGCCACUGACGCUUAACCCAGGCCCAGAGCAGCCUGGAGACAACAAGACAAGCCCACUGGCUGCACAGAACAGAGUUGGGACCCCAUGUGAGCUCCUCCCGUACUACACCUGCAGCUGCAUCCUGGGCUUCAUUGCAUGCUCUGUUUUCCUGCGGAUGAGCCUAGAGCUGAAGGCCAUGCUGCUGACAGUGGCCUUGGUGGCCUACCUGCUGCUCUUCAACCUCUCCCCAUGCUGGCACGUCUCAGGCAACAGCACUGAGACCAACGGGACACAAAGGACACGGCUGCUCCUGUCUGAUGCACAAAGCAUGCCCAGCCACACCCUUGCUCCGGGGGCUCGGGAGACUGCCCCUUCUCCCAGUUAUUUAGAGAGAGACCUGAAGAUCAUGGUUAACUUCUACCUGAUCCUGUUCUAUGCCACCCUCAUCUUGCUGUCUAGACAGAUUGACUACUACUGCCGCUUGGACUGUCUGUGGAAGAAGAAGUUCAAAAAGGAGCACGAGGAGUUUGAAACAAUGGAGAAUGUGAACCGCCUCCUCCUGGAGAAUGUGCUGCCGGCGCACGUGGCUGCCCACUUCAUUGGGGACAAGGCAGCAGAGGAUUGGUACCAUCAAUCUUAUGACUGUGUCUGUGUCAUGUUUGCAUCCGUUCCGGACUUCAAAGUGUUCUACACUGAGUGUGAUGUCAACAAAGAAGGACUGGAGUGCCUUCGACUGCUGAAUGAGAUAAUUGCUGAUUUUGACGAGCUCCUGCUGAAGCCCAAGUUUAGUGGUGUGGAGAAGAUCAAGACCAUUGGCAGCACCUACAUGGCGGCAGCAGGGCUCAGUGCCCCCUCAGGACAUGAGAACCAGGACCUGGAGCGGAAGCACGUGCACAUCGGAGUCUUGGUAGAAUUUAGCAUGGCCCUGAUGAGCAAGCUGGAUGGGAUCAACAGGCACUCCUUCAACUCCUUCCGCCUCCGAGUCGGCAUAAACCACGGGCCUGUGAUUGCUGGAGUGAUUGGAGCACGCAAGCCUCAGUAUGACAUCUGGGGAAACACAGUCAAUGUUGCCAGCCGCAUGGAGAGCACCGGAGAGCUUGGGAAAAUCCAGGUUACCGAAGAGACAUGCACUAUCCUCCAGGGACUCGGAUAUUCGUGUGAAUGCCGUGGGCUGAUCAACGUCAAAGGCAAAGGGGAACUGCGGACUUACUUUGUAUGUACAGACACUGCCAAGUUUCAAGGGCUGGGGCUAAACUGAGGUGGCUGGUGGUCAGCCUCCUUCCCCGAGGGAGCCAAGAAUGUAGCCCCAUGUCUGUUGCAGUGGCUUCUUUGGACUUGCACUACAGGAUGGCUUUGACCUGUGCAUCAGAUUCUGUUUGAAGCAGCUACUGCGUUGUACACAGAGGCUCUGUGCUUCAGCCUCUACAGUUCCAAAUUAGCUAGACCACUGGUCUACUACAGGCUGUGUUCAUUUCCAGGGUGCUGGGGAAGAGACUUCAGUGCAUGACCAAGAUAGACAUCCACCUUGGUGGCCAGUGAACAGCAUUCACAGGAGACAAAAGCUCUACUGGCUACAGGAGGCUCAGCCAGGCUGACUAGCAUGGGUUGCUGCUUGCCUUCCUCCCAUCAAAUCUACCAUGGGAUGUUAUUCUCUCAAUUAGGCAUUCUGGUAAAUGGAGUUGAAAACUGUGUAUAUUGGUGGGUAGUCUCAAAACAGCAGAGAAAAUGUCUGAUCUACACUUGUCACUUUUUUCCAUCUCUGGCUUAUGUUUGAAACGGACAUGUCAUAAACAGAGUUUUAGCUUUACCACUGACUCUUAGAUGCUAGACAAAGAUCUCCACCUUUCUAGUGUAUUUUCUCUUGUUAACCACAGACUACAAGUAAAUAGGUCUGCUGUCUAGUGUCCGUUUAUAGGAUCAGAUUGGCUGCAGGGACAGAGUUCUAAGGAAUGGGGCUCAUAGCAGCAGCAAAGCUUUGAAUUUGCAAUCAAGCAUUUUUUGAUGCAAAUCUUUUGGGACAAGGCUCAGGAAGUUUAAAGUCUAGAAAUGAGGUAUGAUGUUUCAGUUUUUCUGUGUGCACUUUAUUUAUUUUGGAGUCAGGGUCAGCCUAGCUUGGUCUCAAACUUCUAACCUCCUGUUUCGGUCUCCGGAGAGUUUCAAUUACAGAUGUGCACGACUAUCUCCAGCUGUUUCUGUGGGAAAGCCUGUGUAGACAGGCUUGGACAACUUUGUAGCACUUGCCUUUUCUCCAGUCUUCUGAGCUGACUGCAGAGCUUCAAGAACAAUCCACUUGGCAGGAACAUGUGUUCAGGACUCUGGCCUGUGAACUGAGCCCCUCAACAAAUGCCAAAUUGUUCUUAUGCAAAUGAGUCAAGGCAAAAGCCAGCUUCGUGAGAUGGGUGUCUUACUGUGCUUAGCUCCAGAGCAUUCCGAGAGAUGACCAAACACCCCACUCCUUUUUGGAAAUGACUUCACUGCCACAGAACGCACUACAUCAUGGUCUUCUUAGCUAGCAGUCACCAAGGAACCUCCAGAGUCUACAAAUGAUAUAAGUGCCGCAGACAGGGUGCUAACCAGCAGGUUUACCCGGGACUUUAGUCCAAGGCUGAGUAGUCAGGGACGCAGAGGGGAGAGAUAGGAACUGUUUGCUUGUGCUGUCUCCUGUGGAGUUUCAUCAGCCCAGGAAAGAAAGGCUGAUUUUAGUUUGCACAAAGGAAUCUAGUAGUGGCCAGGGCUUCCCAGCAAGGCAUCUCUGGGGAGUUAGUAAAGCUCCUGGUGAUGCCCGCAAUGCCGUGCAGACAGAGAGCAGGACAGAGCUUCCUUCCCUGAGGCUGACACAUUUCUACUCUUCCAACAGCCAAGUUACCUUUCCCCUCCAAGCAACAGAAAUCUUAGCUUGAGUUUAAAAGUAAUUGGCUGCCAUUCAUGCAUUGUUUCUUUUCAACUGAAGCACUGUGCCUGGAGUAUUUUAAGUUAUUGUUCAGGUCCUAAGAGUGUAACUGACAGAAAACAUCACUUGGGACUCAUGCAUACAUACUUGGUUUCUACUUUCCAAGUAAUUUCUUUACAAGUGUCUUGUUUUUUCACAGGAACUUUUUUUUUUAAACCCUUCUGUGGGUCAAGGAUUCGUUUCAGGAUCUCUACUAAGGCGGCCUUCUCUGACUACAGACAGUAAUACACCGUCUUCUGACUUAAAGACACUUCCUGACAAAGUGAUUGUUACUGUGUACUUCAUAGAUGACAGGUCAAUGCUCCGAGUGGGUACAAGCAAAUAACUAUGGUUUGUUCUGUAUGUUUAAUAUUUAUAGACAUUUGCUUCAGUGUUCUGUUCCAUUUUCAUAAAUCAUCAGUGCCUGGCUCCUUUUUAUAUGUUCAACCAACAAUUAAAACAUCUGAAUGUCC